AUGGCGUCAGAAGUCGAUAAGUGUAGCUUGGUGUUCAAGGAUGCAAUCAGCCAGGUGCUUCUCGGCUUCACACACUUUUCAUUUGGCUUUGGCUGCUGCGAGCAUGAGAGGGUAAGAUCGAUGAAGCAGAACAAGAAAAAUGAAACGGGCAUCUCACGAGCUGAUCCUGAGGAACAGGCUGGUAGUAUGCGUGAUGAAGACAAUCAGGUGCAUAUGAACUUUGAAGGCGACUUUAAUUUUAUCAAAGAUGGCUUUGGAGUAGCUGAAGGGUCAUUGGAGGAGCGGUACGAGGGUGCUGGGAUGUGUUACUCUGAGGAUGGUCUGACCUUUUUAGAUGUAUUCGAUGCCGAUGAAUAUGCAGAGUACAGGAAGGAGAAUCUUUUCUACCCUUUCGCAUCCAAGGAAGAGUGGGAAAUCGGUGAUUUCCUUCUGCGUUCACCCCUUAGUAUGGCAGCAAUUGAUGUAUUUCUGAAGCUUCCCCUGAUCCAAAAAUUGCAACUUUCAUUCAGCAACACUAGAGAAUUGCAUAGCCAUGCAGAGAUGCUUCCUAGCAGACCAAGCUGGAAGUUAUACUCGGAAUGGAUGACGGGUGAUGCUGCUUGGGAAAUGCAGACUCAGUUUCCCAGAGGUGCUACAGUUCUCGGUGCUGUGCUGUCCUCCAACAAAACCAACAUAACUACAAUGACUGGUGCUAGAAUCACUCAUCCGCUUCUUCUGGGACUCGCCAACAUAUGCAUGUGUACUCAUACAAAACUUUCAUCAAAAGCUUUCUUACUUAUGGCCCUCCUUCCUAUCCCAAAGUACCUACACCCUAAUCAAUGCAUGCGAGGCAUGCUUGAAGAUUGCCUUAUACAUCAAUGUCUUUCAAUUGUUCUUAAGCCGUUGAUGAAAGUGGCGGAAGUUGGCAUCAUGAUGUCUGAUCCGGUUGGAAAUGCUCAGCACUGUUUUACUCCUCUCACAGCAUUCAUUGUCGACACCCCAGAGGCAGCUAUGCUUGCCUUUUUUGGCAUCCCCCUUGUACCCGUUCUGUCACGCUUGGCCAGCUCGACAGCAUUACUGUCGAUCCCAACGAUCUCAAGGCGUAUUUUGGCGCCUGCACUGAAUACCAGGCUAAAUGGUGUUUCUGCACCAUUCUGGAUAGACUGGCUGCUCGCUGAUCCCUCGAUCUUCCUGAUGUCAGAACCACUGCAUCAUUGGCACAAGGAGUUUUUUGACCAUGACUGCCAGUGGUGUUUAGUAAUUGUGGGUGCCUCAGAGCAUGAUUUCCGGUUCUCGAUCCUACAGCCCGUCACAGGCUACCAUCAUUUCGCUGGUGGAAUCUCAAAACUCAAACAAGUCACUGGCAGAGGUCACCGUGAUAUCCAGCGCUACAUUAUUGGCCUGAUAUCCGGUGCAGCUCCUCGUCAUUUCGUUAUCACAAUUUGUGCCCUCAUGGAUGUUCGAUAUUUGGCGCAGUGCCCUGCUCCCAAUGAUGACUUAUUGCCAAGUAUUGACCAGUCCCUUUCGACCUUCCAUGACAAUAAAGACAUCAUUCUGACUUCGGAACUCCUCCAGAGCAUCACUUCUGGCACGCGCAACGUUGGCGCUCUCAUCCAGUGGUCUGCAGAUGCAACCGAGCAUGCCCAUAUUUCAGAAAUCAAGGACCCUGCACGCCGUACCAAUAACAAUGACUACAACCCCCAGAUCUGUCAACAUCUAGAUCAAGAUGAAAAGCUGCUGACGUCUGGAGAAGUUCCUGAGGAGGAGGCAGAGGAGAAUGAGGCAAUCGAUUGCGACAAGCAGGAACAGGACGAUCCACGGACUACACUUUUAGAAGAAAUGAACCAUACACGUGUCACCAUAGAUUACUUUAGCAAAGCAAAGCAAAUAGUAACUGUAAGGGAUGGAGCUAUUCCUCACCCUCCUCGAACGUUUAUCGCUGGUGGUACUGCAAUCCACCUCAACUACACUCCUUCUCGCACUGGAGUUAGCAUUGAUGACGUCGCUACUGAUUUCAAUCUACCGGAUCUGCGCGUAGCACUUUCAGAAUUUUUGCUACAUGACACGAGAGAGAGAGGAGCGAUUUAUAUGCAAAUGUCUUUCCACAAUUCCAGGGUCACAUUACCAGCUCAAACCGUACAUGCAUCUCCUCCUGGCCCUGAGUGGCCAAAAGGCCGAAAGGACACUGUCCUCGUCAAUGUUGAAGGAGGGUUUGUUUGGCUCGAGUCAGGUUUAACAGAUGAAUAUUCUGAAACGUACCAGCGUCAUCCCUCAGUUAGGGGAUGCGGCUGA